CUGUGUGUCUUUGUGUGUGUGUCUGUGUGUGUCUGUCUCUGUGUGUGUGUGUCUUUGUGUGUCUGUGUGUGUGUGUCUGUGUGUCUGUCUGUGUGUGUAUCAGUGUACAAUACUCACAUAACUACAUCCCUACAUUUAUGCCAGUUGCCCCCCCCCCCGUGCUGUGUAAUUACCCCAGUGGCUCUGUCUGUGUGAGAGAGAGAUUUGUCAUUCAGCUGUUUUGUGUGUAUUGUGAACUGAGCUAAAAGGGGCCCUGAUAUAAUGACCCACUCUGACCAUGUGCUUUAGCCAUUGUCCAAACCCUACACAUGCACGCGCGCACACACACACACACACACACACACAUGCACACACACACACACCAUCAUGAAGGGGCUUUGGAUUGCUGUGGCAACGUGUCUGCUCGUCUCCCUUCCUCUCAGAGGUGAUGAAUGGAGAAGAGAAUAUGAGGAAGGACUUCAGUAUUACACUGAGGAAGAUCUGAUGAAGAGACAUCCUGAGAAGAGCAGACCUGUGAGUUUUAAACAUCCUCCGUUCUUCUGUCCUGACAUGAUGCCUUCAGCCUCCACACCUGCGUCAGUUGAAGUGGUGAAAGCAGCAGAUAUUAAGGUGAUCGCAGCUCUUGGAGAUUCUCUGACGACAGCUAUUGGGGCGAACGCCACCACGGUGUUGGGAAUCCCAAUCGAAUACCGUCAUGUCUCAUGGAGCAUCGGAGGAUACGGAACCUUCCAGAACGUUAUCACACUCGCGAACAUCCUCAGACUCUUUAACCCAGGUCUAGUGGGUGCGGCUCAGAGCAGAACCGUCCACGGAACCCGAGCUCCUCUGACUGAUACGGGUUUUAACCUGGCCGUGACGGGACACAACACCUUUAAUCUUCCUGGACAAACUCGCCAUUUAAUCGACACCAUGAAGAUGUUUGAGGACAUUAACUUUGAUGAAGACUGGAAACUGCUGACGAUUCUCAUCGGCAUGAACGAUAUCUGUGACUACUGCAAGGACAAGUCUCUGUUCUCAGUGCAGAACUUCAUCCACUACAUGUCCACGUCCAUGGAGAUGCUGAUGAACGAGGUUCCUCGAAUGAUCGUGAAUGUGGUUCAGAUUUUGCCCAUGGAGGCUCUGAGGGAGGUGCAGAAGCCCACACCAGGGUGUCUACUGCAGAGGUCCUUCUGCUCGUGUCUGGUGAAGCCAACCUCAGACUCUGCCGAUCUCAAACAGCUGAUUGAAGUCAACCUUCAGUACCAGAAAGCCCUGGAGGAGCUUCUCCAUACAGAUCGGUUCUUUAAGCGCGACUUCGCUGUGGUACUUCAGCCGUUUCUGAAGCACGCAGACCCACCACGACUUCCUAACGGGAAGGUGGACAUGAGCUUCUUCACACCGGACUGUUUUCACUUCACCAUAAAGGGACACGAAGAGCUGGCCAAAGGUCUGUGGAACAACAUGUUCCAGCCUGAAGGAGAGAAGUUUACGGUGGAGAGUUUUUCAAACCCGAUUCAGCUCAUGUGUCCUCCUGUGGUAAAACAUCUUCUGUUUAAUAACACCGCUCUUCAUUCUUCAUCCAACCUUCAUCCAUUUCAUGCCCCUGCUCUUCUCUGUGUUCUCGUGCGUUACACCCAGGACCACCCGUACAUCUACACCAGGCCAAGUGCUGCGAGGAGUGACGCCGGUGCACCAGCAGGGGCUUGGCUCAUCACACUGCUCUUCCACUCCACGCUCGUGUCUGUAAUGUCUUCUGGUAAUGGACCUGGACUCUGACUGUCACCUGCACUCAGAGCAGCCGUGUGUCCACUUACUGUAACUGUACAUGUGUCUGAUAAAAUGUUAGAUUAGAUACUAAGCCUGGUAGAUCUGAUUUGUUUGGUUAGUAGAAAAGUAAGAUGGGACUCGUCUUAAAAUCAGAUGGAAGUGUGAGUAUGUACAGGCAAGCGUGACACUAAAAAAAAAAUAAUAAUAAUAAUGGGGGAGUUGUUUUAUUUGGUAAGGAU